UCAUAUAUUUAUAAUUAUUAUGGUAUUAAUGAUUAUCAACGAUUCUUUGAUGAACUCUUUGAGACUGAAAGACAAUAUGAUACUUUAUCAGUUAUUCGAUCCAAUGAAACUUCACAACAAUGGGUUAUUCGGAUCAGAGUUCCUUUACAAGAGCUAAUCUCUAAAAAGAAAAGAAAUGUAUAUCACGUACAUUGUUUAUUUGGAGUAUUUGAAAAUUCUAAACUAGUUAAUCAUGAUUAUUACAGGCCUAGAAUCCAUAAGGCCAAUGUGGUGAUAUGUCUAGAUUGUACGAAGCUUAUUCAUGUUGAUAAUGUAAAACCAACAAAGACAUUUCAUAAUGCUAGAAGUAGAUACGUUGAAAUUAUCAAGCCUGAGGAUUUGAUACAGAAACAUUAG